CCGGAACGCCGUGGAGCUCCGUGGCUCGCCGUGUCUCCACAAAAGGCUCCCCGGCGCCGCCACGGACCCACGGGUCCAACGAUCUCACAGCACGGCGUCCGGAUAUGAUUCUCAGGGAAUCAUCUGAAUAUUCUUAGAUACUGACAUGGUUGGAAUGAUUACCAAUGUACAAAUUGUCUCGUCACAUAUAUAUAAGCCAGUAUGCAACCCAAGAAGGACAAUGAUACUCAACCCCAAGACAGCACCACGAACAAAGCAGAGCAACCUACCACACGAACCAGCCAGCAAAACACGACAAGUUCACCACCUCAGUCCUCUAGGAUGAAAAGUUGCAGCCUUGUAAUGUUGGCUCUGCUGGCGUCCACUGCCGCAGCACAGCUCGCCAACUUCGGGGUCCAGCCCAACACGUGGAACUCCUCCUUGACUCUCUCCACCCAACAGAUCCGAGAUGCGCAGCUGACGGACGAAAUCGCAAAGAGCGUCGAGGUCGCCACCAACUCGGAUCGCUCUCAGCUCGCCUACGGGGGACCAAGCGAGGACGACUUCUACACCCUGCCACCUUUGACCAACACUACUGGCCCCCUUCAACCUGGUGUCGUCCUCAAGACCCAGCUUGUCACAGACACAUCUGGCUUCUCCAUCCCUCCCAACACCGCUCUUUCACGCUUCAUGUACACAACCACCACCCUCAACGGCACAGUCGUGCCGACGACGGCAUUCGUCCUUUGGCCCUUUGAACCUCGUCAGUUUGGGCAGACCAACAGCUCUCACGUGGCUGCUCCGACUGUCCUCUGGACUCACGGCACCUCAGGCUUCCACUCUGACGCUGCCCCUUCUGCCAUGAGACACCUCUGGUACGGGUUUUCAACACCCUUCGCGCUCGCGCAAGAUGGAUACGCGCUGGUUGGCCCUGACUACGCCGGACUGGGAAUCGACAAGUCCUGGGACGGGAGUCACAUUGCACACCAAUGGGAUGUCGCCCAAGUCGGUGCCAGAGACGCUCUAUACGCACUGCAAGCAGCCUGGGACGCUUUCCCCGGCAGGUUGACCGAGGAGUUCGUGUCCAUGGGCCACAGCCAGGGCGGUGGUGUGGCCUGGGGUGUGACCGAGCGUCUCGCCCUGAGCGAGGACGAGUUUCCUGUCAAGACUUUUGGCGGCUACAAAGGCGCUGUCGCAGGAAGUCCCGUCGUUGAUGUCUUUGGCGUCUCUCCUGCCUUCAUAUCCAACUUUGUCGGUAUCGCCAUGAGCAGUAUCUUUCCCGACUUUACGCUCGACCUGUGGCUCACCCCGCUCGGUGUGGCGAGGAACAAGCUUUGGACUAGCAUCAAGGGCGGCAUCGGUGCUGCGCAACAGCUUUUUCUCACGGCUGAGGUGACAAGGGAAAACUAUACCGAGCAGUCGUGGCACGCUGCCGCAUUUGAGAAGCUCGCCAACCCGGGCAGGAAGGAUUUCAAGGGCCCGUUGCUGGUUCUCCAAGGCACAGAAGAUGUCUACGUUCCCUACAAUGGUGUCAAGUCCACCGUCGAAGAUACGUGCGCCCUGUUCCCCAAUCACGACCUAGAGUUUCUCGUAGUCAACGGCACGGGUCACGUUCCCACGUUGGAUGCGACCCGCCCUCGAUGGUUGCGGUGGAUCCAGGACAGGUUUGAGGACAAGCCUGUUCGUCAGACAGGGUGUUACACUUCCCACUUGCAUAGCUGGCUGCCUCAUGAGCAGUAUCUUGCCGUUGGUGGUUCUGUUAUUCAGUGGGUUGCGGGUCCCAAGUUCAAUUACCAGGCUAUCCUUGGACUGUAGAUUCGGCCAAGGAACUAAAGGAGAGCAUAGAGAGGACGCGUGCUGGAAUAUUUAUAAGCUGUCCUGUAAAUAACAACCAGCUGUAUUGACGGAAAUUCGCAACUAGUCUAUCUCAUACCGCAGAAUUAUCAGUAGAUACAUAUAGC